AUGUCUUUCCAACAGGCUCCGCCGCACGUCGAGGGCCUGGCGCUGCCCUACGGCGUGCCCGGUCAUCCCAGCGGCGCCUCGGGACUCUCCGCCUUUGAGAACGCGAACGGGCGCGCAGCGCCGCUGGGCGGCCUCGCUGGUGCAGAGUCGCCCUUUGACCGGCAGAUUCGCACCAACAUCCAGACGAUACGAACGAAUCUCAUGGCCAUCGAAGAAAACCUCGGGAAUCUGAACAGACGCUUCGUGUCUCGUCGCAUCGUCGAGAGUCUCCACGACAGGCUGCGCGAGACCUACGAUAUCGUUCUCGCCACAGAACGUCUCUUCAAAGCGUGGCAAGCGGAGCAGCAGGAGCAGGCGAUCGACGCGCUUGAACGCCAGCGCCGGCGAUUUUUGUACGAGAAGCUCUCGGCGCAUUUCCAAGAGGAAAUAAAGAAGGUGCAAGCGAUUUCGGAGCGCGUGCGAGAAGCCGCAGAGCGCGUGGCUGACAGCGGGGCCUCGUCGCUGCCGUCGGAGACCGGAGGCUACACCGCAGCAGGCCACACGGACGCGGCCGACUUUGCGCGGCCGGCUACGGCGACGGCGGUGUCUCCAGCGCCGCCGGCUGGUGCGAGUCGGCGCUGGCGAGAGGAGAGAGGCGAGCGGUCCGGGCUCCAUAUGACUGCGGCUGCCGCGCACGCCAGCCACGGUGGGCCCUCCACGGAGCUGGCGAAGAAACCGGGAAGGGGAAACGCAAACAGCAGUAACGGAGUCGUGUUGGACCUCGAAAACGUCGCACUCAUGGGGGAAGACGAGAGGGACGAGUUUUUCAUAGGCGACGACGAGCAGGAAAUGUGCAAUGAGCUGGAGGACGUGGCGGAGCAUGAAAGCCUUCUUCAGCGAACAGUGGCGGAGGAGCGUUUUCAAGGCUUGCAACGCAUCCACGGACAAGUGAAGCAGGCGAAUCAAAUCUUCAAGGAUCUGGCGCAGUUGGUUCUCCAGCAGGAUACGGGCAUCGAGAGCAUUGAGACGCAAAUGCAGUCUGCGCAUAAUCAGAUUAAAGGCGCAGCGUCGGAGCUUUAUAAGGCCCACCAAAUGCACAGGCGCUCUCGGCAGAGGCGGUGUUUGCUUCUGCUGCUCGUCUUCGCUGUUGUUUCCUUUCUCUUCUACUUCUAUUCGUCUCUCUCGGCGGUUCAUGGGCCGGCCCCCGCGGCGUCGUCGGAUGCAGUCAUGGCGCUGUCGCAGCCGUCGUCCUUGUCAGCAACUUUGCGCGCGGGUCUCGAGUCCGCGGCCCUGGAAGACCAAGAGGCCAGGAAAGGGGAGCAUGGCGCGGCGGCCCCGGCGCAGCCAGGGGCGGGCGGAGGCCCGCUGCCAGUCGGAGGGGCGGCGGAUUCGCAAGGGAUCUUCGGGACGCGCUUCUCCCUAGGCCAUGCCGUGGAUCGCGUCGUUGAGUCAGCCUCCAUGGGCGCGAGCGGCCCCGGGGUCGUGAUGCCCACCGCCCUCGGAGGCGCAUCUGUAGAACGGGGCUUCCGACCGCAAACGCCAAACUAG